AUAAUUUUAUUGCGAAAUUUUUCAUACGAGGAACUUUUUUUUGGCAUUAAUGAUGUGUAUACAACAACAAAUGCUAUUGAUGUUAGCGAAUUUUUCUUGAUUUUAUUUGUAAAAUGGGUGAUGAUAACGAGCGUGUUUCUAUAAAUUUAACCAAAGAAGUUAACCAAGAUGAGGCAAUUAUGGCACAAGAAAGAGAAAUAGAACGGGAAAUUGCUGAAACAAAUCCACUCAUAGGACCUAAAUGUGACUUGGAACUACUAAUAAAAGAGUAUGCUGAAGAUGAUACUGUUUAUCGUCAAAAACUAAAUGAUCUUAAAAAUAGAUAUACUUAUAUUCGAAAAAUGCGUCCUGAUGGAAAUUGUUUUUUUAGAGCUUUUACAUUUGCCUAUCUUGAAAGUUUGCUAACUGACAAGCAAGAAUACAAAAGAUUCAAAGAGAUUGCAUCAAAGACUAAAGAUGACCUAGUAGCACUUGGUUUCCCACCAUUUACAAUUGAGGACUUUCAUGACACUUUUAUGGAUGUUCUUGAGAAAAUUGACCAACAAAUGACUGUGGAAGAUCUGCUAGGAAUUUUCAAUGAUCAAGGCUGUUCAGAUUAUAUUGUUGUAUAUAUGAGAUUGAUCACAUCUGGAUACUUGCAGAAGGAGGAAACCUUUUUUAGUAACUUUAUUGAAGGUGAAAGGACAGUGAAAGAAUUUUGCCAUCAGGAAGUGGAACCCAUGUAUAAAGAAAGUGAUCAUAUUCAUGUUAUAGCUUUGACAUUAGCUCUGGGUGUUGGUGUGCGAGUACAGUAUAUGGAUCGAGGUACCGGAGAUCAUGUGAAUGCUCAUGACUUUCCAGAAGAUAAGACACCCAGAAUUCAUUUACUAUAUCGUCCUGGACAUUAUGAUAUUUUAUACUGAAUAACUAGUUCGAAGUACCCAUGGAAAAGAACUUAUAUUCAUUGUGAUGCAUUCCUGUGUAUCUUAUUUAAGUAUUGAUUACGUACCUGUUCUCGCUUAGCAUGAACCAGGUAUACUCUUGUUUUUAGGAUCUUAAUGGUUUGAAAAUAAAUAUAUUGUGAUAGUCAUACCACAGUUGCCAGUCAAGUGAGUAUUCCGAAUUGUUGAUCUGCAUCACAUGCUUUAAGUUUUUCUCUGAAAAAUGUCACUUUUUUUGCUUAAAAAUUUGAAAACACUGGUUUUGUUUGAAAAGUGAUUGUUUGUUUAUAAUACAUUUUGCUCUGCAUUAUACUGUAUGAAAUGAGUAAUAUUUUAAAUGAAAAAAAUUUAGGUAAAAUUGUAAGACGAAGUAAAGGUAGGGUGCCGAACCUAAAAAAUUAGAGAACUUAUGUUAGGCAAAUGCUUCUUUCAGUAAUUGCAUGUUCGCAGUCCAUUGCCCCAGAUAAAUUUUAUAUUUGCCUUUGGCAUUUUAAACAUUUGUUUUAUCAAAGAUUUAUAUUUUUCAAAAUUCUCCUCUCUACAGGUAGCAGUGAUAGUGCAUCAAAAUUUGUAUAUUAUUUAGAUAUAACUCUGCAUUUUAAUUUUAGAAAAAUCAUUCAAAAAUGUUUACAAAUAUUACCAUUUAUCAUAUUAUAUAAUUGUGCUUUGGGUUCAGCCUCUCUUUUUUUUUCUAACUUGGUUAUCAUCCUUAUCACAUUGCAUUAAAUUUUACAUUGUUAACCUUGAUAUCACAAACUUCAGAAGAAGUUCUGAAUUCCUUAUGCAUUUGCUAGGCUGAUGAUAGAAUGAAAUCUCUUUCAGCGAACCAAAAUACACUUCUUAGUGACUUUUGAUUUCACGAAAAAUUUUUGAUUACCCAAAAUGUUUUUUUUUCUUCGUAAUUUCUGAAGAAUUUAAAAUACUUUCUUGAAUAAUUUUAUGAACAAUUUCUUGAAGACCCUUUUAAGUACGAGAUUGCCUAACAGAUCAAAGAGAAGUUGUCUUAACUAUCUUUUUCUAACAAUGUGUGCACAGAUGAGAAUACCCAUGAGAUUCAAAACAACUAACAAAUUUACUGAAUCCAAAAGAAAUUGGAAGUUAUGAAGAUAUAGUUUAGACAAAUAAUUUUGAUGUGUUUGGCGAUUGGGAAGAAUUAUAUCAGAAAUAUUAAAAGAGGUACUAGUAUCGGCAGAGAGAGUAGAAGAGGAAAAUGUUGAAAUGAAAGAAUUUCUCUAAUAUUCACGUAAAAUGAAAUUGAGAAUCAAAGAUGUUAGUGGUGUUUGAAGUAACUGUUUUUUUUUAAAAAGAAAAUACUUGUUAUACAAUUUUAAAGUGUCACAACAGUUGUUAAUUGAACUAAACUUUUAAAAAUAUUCACUAUUAUAUUAAAAUACUCGAUUUUCUAUAACACAAAACUUUUAGUAUCAUCUUUUGAGUUUAUGAUAUUGAGGUUUAACUGUAUUGUUAUACUUUUUAAAAUUUAAGAAAAAUUUUAAAUUGUAAAAACCUUCCAUAUUCUGUAUGUAUUCAAAAAUUUUAAAUACUCAACUUUAAAACAUACACAAAUUAAAUAGUUUGCUCAUGUUUAGCUUGACAGGUUUUUUAUUUUUUUCUCAAUAUUUUUGAAUGAUCAUACUUGGCAAAAAGAGUCGUGAUUUAUCUUAUAUUUUUGCUACAAUUGUUUGUCAUCUGCAUAAAAAAAGGGCUGGGUAAAUUUUUUUAGUCAAUAAAGAAUUAUUAAAAAGGCAUUUGCUUCAUAUUUUUUACAUAUUCUGCUGAUGGCUCAUUAUUUUAAUCCAUUGCAACAUUUCGUUGUAAAUUUAUUGUUAAAAACAAAGUUUGGUAAUCAUUGUUCUAAAUAUGCAACUCUUAUAUAAAAGGUAUGUUUUUUUUAAAAGUAAGUACUGUUUUGAAAUUAAAACCACAAGUGUAAACCACAAGUGUUAAUUUUAUUUUUACUUGUCAGAUUGUGCUUUAAUUUACUUACACUUGUAUUUUCAUAUUUUUUACUAAUAUUAAGUGACUUGUCAGUUGCACUACCAGCUUUUAAAUUUGAUCCUUUUAGAAACAUACCAUUCACCCAAAUCUUCAGAGAAAUCUUCUGUUUUCUCCUUUAUAAUUUGCAUCCAUGUGGCCAUCUUUGAAUGCUCUAACUCAUAUCUUACUAUUCUUUUACUCAUAUUAUUUCCUUUAAAACUGAGUGAUAUCAACAUUUUAGUAUCAUGAUUCUACAAUCCAGAAACGUUCAAUAUUAUCAUAUCUGACAUUUAUUCUUGUCCGUAACAAUCACAAUAUUAUUAUAUUCGAUAAUUACUGUCAUUUAUAGUUGCAACUUUAUUGUAUUCAAUAUUUAUUUUUGUCAAUUUUGAUUUUUGUUAAAUAUUUAUUGUAAGACCAGGCAUUUAAAAAGAAAUAAAAAUACUUUUUAAAAUUCCGUUAUCAUGAUCUUUCUGAAAUAUCAAUAUUUCAUGAUAUACCACCCAGUUUUAGUUUUUUCUCCAUAUAUUUCAUUGAUCUACCAAUGAAUUGCGACUCCUAUUUAUAUUUUUUACAUUAAGAAAGUAAAUUAGAAAGCAUAUUACCUAGUUGCCAGGGAUUUGCAAUGGACCGGUUUAUUUUAAAUGCUCCCAGCCAAAUAGAUAUAAUAGUAGUUAAAUUCUUCUGCAAUGGUUUUUGUGGCUUUUCCAACAUGUGCAAGUACUCGAUGCUCAUGUUCAGUACAGCAGCUGCCAAAUUUCAAAACAUCGCUUACUUACACACCUCUCAAUUUGCUCAUUAUGCUUGAUGACCCUGAUAUUUUUAUAUAAUUUGUUUAUUACUUUAUAGGCUACAUGAAAUAUUUUUUAUUUACUCAUUUCUCCAGGUACAUGAAAAUGACUACGUUCAAACUUUUGUAACACUGAAAUAUGUGCCUUCACUUAAUUAAUUACCUUUUACUGUCUUCCCUUAUUGUUUUAAAUUUUAAUUUUUUUGAAUUUUGUACUAUUUAUUGGUUGAGUAGUGAUCUCAACGUUUAUAUUUUGUGUGUGUGUGUGAAUCAUGCUAAGUGAGUAGAUGUCUUUUUUGUUGACUGUAGCCUCAACUAAACAAACACUUUGCUCAUACUAAUUUGUGAAAAUAAAAGUGCUUCUGAAUGUUCA